AUGGUUCCAGAAGGCUUGGUACUCAACAUGAAUUCUAGCGUGAUUCAUAAAAAUGAAAUCAUUCUCUUCAGUGCAAUGCUGACUAAAGGAACUGAUGUGACCUACAGUUGGAAUAUGGGUGAUCAGACUUCAUAUGUAGAUGAAGGUCCUGUAAUUAAACACAAGUUUUUGUCAGCUGGAAUCUACAACGUCACAGUAAAUGCAUGGAAUAAAGUGGGAGUGGCCUCAACCUAUGUCACUGUAGCUGUCCUCUACAGGAUGCAACCUGUUUCUAUCUUUACAAACAAGACAAUAUAUGCUACAUAUUCUGACAUCGUGUUCACAGCUAUAACUGCAGAGGAUGACCCACUGCAAUUUGUCUGGUACUUUGGAGACAAGCUGCCAGUGAAAACUCCAUCACGCAGCAUAACCACAAGAUAUUCAACUCCAGGGAAGUACAAUGUGAUAGUGAAUGCAUCAAACCAGAUUAGUUCAUUCACAUCAAACAUCUACCCGAUAGAGCUGCAGCAGGCAGUUGAGCCAAACAGACUUAGAAUAAACAAUCAAGAUCUUACAUCAGUUCUCUUAAACUCCAGUGUUGCUGUGGAAGUGCGUAUUAACUAUGGGACCAAUCUCACUUACUUGUGGAACUUUGGUGAUGGUACUGUGAGAACUGGGAGCAGAAGAGAGUAUCACAGUUAUGAUAGGGAAGGAGAAUUUACAGUUGAAGUAGUCAUCUUUAACAAUGUGAGUUCUGCUGUGCUCUCUGGCCAGCUCUUUGUUAUUUCUGAGAAUUGUCAGCCUCCUCCAGUGAAAAGCUAUGGCCCAUCCAAAAUAGAGGUUAGAAGAUACCAGUCCUUCAAGCUUGGAGUUACAUUUGAGAGUGAGUUUGUCUGUAAUAUCUCAAGAGGUAUACAAUACAGUUGGUCCUUCUUUAAACCAGAUGGUUCACUGGUCACACUGGUGGAGGUUGACGUUAAUAAACAAUUUAUCAUCAUUCCAGGCUAUCUGUUGAACUAUGGAAUCUAUCUUGCAAUUGCCAGGGUUCAAAUUGUUGGCAGUGUAGUUUAUAAUAACUACACAGUAAGUGUUGAGAUCCUUGCUACCCCGCCAGUGAGUGUGAUUUCAGGUGGCACACAGCUCUUCAUAAAUUACAAGCAAGAAUCCAUCAUCAAUUUGAAUGGAUCAGAAUCAUAUGAUCCAGAUUACCCAGGUACUGCAGAGCUCAGGUUUUCUUGGUCUUGUGAAACAGUGAGUGGAUUAGAUAUCCCUUGCUUCAAACAUAAUGCAAGUGAGACUCUGAACACAAAUUCCAGUGCUGUCAAGGUCCCACUGUCUACAUUAAAACCUGAUAUUGACCAGUUUCUCUUCAAGUUAACAGUUAGCAAUGAUAACAGAUACUCUUCAGAAGCAAAGUUGUUUAUAACAGUCAAAAAAGAAGAUAAUUUAAGGCUCGUGAAACUCUUUUGUGUUGAUUGUGUGAGUAAUUCAGUCAAUUGGAAUGAAGCAUUUUCUGUCAAAGCUGUGUGUGAGGAGUGCUCAGAAACUGUGAACCUCUCAUAUUCUUGGAAGCUAUUCCUUGUGAAUUCAACAGAAACAGAACUUUUUGAAGUUCCCUUCUGCAGACUGGUGGUGGACAACUUGCAGUCAAAUUUAUAUGGCCCCAUUGUGGCUGAUGAUUCUCCUGCACUUGAAGCGACUUCUAGCACACAAACAUCAAUGACGGCAACUAUUCACUCCAACGUUCAAUCCACAACCAGUCCAAAACUCAAAGACACUCACAGUACUUGGAUUGGUCCACUUGAUCGAAAUAAUACAGGCAAUGUUACCAGUACUACUACAGUUUCAACUUUCCCUGUUACUCCAGUUCAGACCUUGCAAACUAACACAACAAACAGAAUAGGAAGAACUACUAUCUUACAAGACCCAUUCCGUUUUCCAGUUCCAGAAGAACAGAUAUCUGGUGGAAGGCCUCAGAGAAGAAUUCCCCGAGCUGCUAAGUCAACACAUUCUUCAUUCAACAAUGCUUCAGAUGUCAAUGAAACUCUGAACGUAGCCAGCAGUGAGAGCUUUUCGACUGUUUAUGAAAAACUGCAGACCUCAUCAUUGCCUGUGGUGACUUCUCCCAGUAUGAAUGGUUCUCGCAUGGAGAGCAGUGGAUCACGACCUGAGAUAUCAGGGAGCGGAGUCAUUGAAAGAGGAGCAACUGUCAGCAACAACACCAAUAUGAAUAUUAGUGGAACUGUCUUCGGAGAAGGUUCUUCUAACGCAACAGAGAACACCACUGAUUCAUCAGAAUAUGACACACAUUAUAACACAGUAGAAGGAACCUCUGGUUCUGGUGGGAGACCAGGAUUUCAAGCAGGUGGAUCCAGUGGGAAUAGUAUUGAUACAGGAUCCGGUGCAGACUCAAGUGAAGGAUCCAAUUUUGGAUCAGAAACAGGAGAUGGUGAUAAUGUGCUCCCAGACGCUCAGCCUUCAUCUGCAUCCAGACCCACUCCCAUGAUUGAAUGGUCGAAAGUACACAUUAAUGAUGAGAAGUUUAAAACAUUCACAACCACAGGUAUAAAAUCACAAACAUUGACAUUUAAACCUUUUGGCCUGCACAGUAGGAAGGUUUACAUGCUAGAAGUUAUUGUUAGAGGCCAGAGUGAAAGAGGAAAAGCACAAAUUUUUCUUUUCACCAACGAGGCUCCUCAGGGAUUGACAUGUGAAGUGCGACCCAGCAAAGGAUCAGAGAUUCUGACACAUUACAGCAUGUUCUGUACAUCAGGGAGGAAGGAUCUGCAUUAUGAGUAUAGCUAUCGUGUUGGCAAUUCAACCGAAACUCUUCUGUAUGAUGGAAGAGAUCAUGAAUACUAUUUUCACUUACCUGCUGGAGAACCAACUGAUGGAUAUAAGCUAAAAAUCAACACUGUGAUCACUGAUCUAGUCGGGUCCAAAACAAAGCCAUGUUCAGUUACUCCAAUUGUUUUACCAACUAUUAAAACAAAUGAAGAACUGUAUACCCAAGGUCUUCAGAAUCUCUCAACUCUAAUUUUGUUAGGUAAUCAAAAAGAAACCAAAAAUUACAUUUUGCUGCUGAACAGAGUCCUCCAUCGACUCCAUAAUGAGGGAAGUACCAGGCCAGAUUUACAGCAACAAACUAGAAAUGCACUAAUAGCAGCUCUUUGCAGCCUAACUAUAUCUAAUCAGAGAGAGCUGAUGGAAACAGUAUCUGCAUUGCAAGACCUUAUUAACAUAACCAAUGAGGUAACUUCAGAAAGUGCUCUGACUAUAACAAGAAAAAUUAAAGAGAUGAUUAGGCUUUUUAAAGAAUCUGGGGAGUUCAGACUGCAUGAAGAAUUAGUGAAGAAAAUAGUCCAUCUGGUUGCUGAUGUAAUGGGAGCAUCUGAUAACAGCGCAGUAAAUUCAAAGAACCUGUUAUUUGAUGGUCUGCAAGUGACAACUGAGCUUUUAUUGCAAUAUGUGCUAAUCAACAAUCAAUCACAGUUUUAUGUGAACACCAACUUAAUGGAGCUCCAGACUUCUCAAAACUAUGGCUUUCUGAACACAGUGCAAAGUACACAUUCUGCCAAGUUUUUCCUUCCUGACCAUCUGGAUAAAGAGAUUGCUGUAAGAACUGGUGAAAGUAACAGUUGUAUCAUCAGCCAUUUGAUCAGCUUCAAAAAGAAUCCAUACAUUUGGGGAAAGUCUCCAAUGGAGAUUACUGGAGAUGUUGCUGACCUCACACUGUAUAAUUGCACUAACAGAAGAAAAGUUGAAGUAAGAGGACUCAAAACACCAGUUCUAAUUGAAUUUGAAAGGAAGGACUCAACUGAACAGCUUCAGGUGCACUUCCUCCAUCGAACCCAAAUGAACGUUCAUAUCUUGCCAGUGAUCCCAGCAAACCUACAGCAGGCUUUGCAGAUUCGAGUGAAUUUCAUCAGGCCUAACCAAGAGGUGUUUCCUGUCAUGCUGUUAGUGAGGUCGAAUAAAGAGCCAACUCCGAGUAAAUACAACUUAAAACAAGUCCAUCACUGGAAUGGAGACGUAAUCCAAUUGUUUAUUCCUGCAACAUCACUCUUGGGAACAGGGACAUACUACCUUGGUCUCUUGGAUGCAAAUUAUAAUAGAAAACCAAAAAAUAACUAUCUUGCCAACAAUCUGAAUUACACUUUGAGUAUCCAAUGGACUCAAUGUUUGUAUUGGGAUGAUAUCCAGGAGUGGAAAUCUGAUGGCUGUUCACCCCAGCAGGAAUCAGAUUCACAGAAAAUAAACUGCAGUUGCAACCACAUGACAACAUUUACAGUUGCACAUCAGCCGGUUGGGAUGAAAGAUGUUAAAUUCACAGAUAUCUUGAUAUUUAUCAGUGCUGUUGAAAACUAUGUCACUUGCAUCACUGUUCUGUUUGCGCUUACCUUCUACAUCCUGCUGGUUAUCUUGUGUAAGCACAAGGAUCUUAUCCUUGAGACAAAACCUGGAAUCAUUGUAUUGCAAGACAAUGCUCCCACUGACCAGUAUUUGUAUGAGAUCAUUGUGGAGACUGGCUUCAGGACAAAGGCUGGAACCACUGCCAAGGUAUACAUCAAACUUUAUGGAGAAGAUGGUGUUUCUGAAACUAGAGAGUUAUACCACUCUGAGAAGCAAUUAUUUGAGAGGAAUUCCAGAUACACAUUUAUAAUGAGUGCUCCAGAUAACCUUGGUCCAAUUUGGAAGGUUCAUCUUUGGCACAACAAUGGUGGUCAUUCUCCUAGCUGGUAUGUUACUUCUGUAAUUGUCAAGGACGUGCUAAAUGGUCCAUGCUGGUUCUUUCCUGCUGAAUGCUGGCUUGCGGCAGAUGAAGGGGAUGGAAAGGUAGAACGAGAGCUGAUCUCACUUACCCAUGGGCCAGGCUUUAAGAAACUUCUGUAUAGUAAACUAACUGAGUACCUGGAAGACUACCACAUAUGGGGAUCAGUAUACAGUCGCCCAUCCUAUAGCUCUUUUACACAUACUCAGCGCCUCAGUAUCUGCCUUUGCCUUCUGUUGGGUUAUAUGUGUCUAAAUGCUGUGCUGACCAGCUUCAAGAGCGAGGAGUACACUGCUGAACUGGGUCUCAUUGAUGUCUCAACUGCCUCCUUAGUUACUGGCUUGAUUACGACAGUAGUAGUUCUACCAGUUGUAUUGUUGCUAUCAUUGCUAUUCAGGUUUAGCAAGGUAAAAUUGCUGCGGGAAACUUCUACUGAAGAGCAAUACGGGACUACAAGAGAAUCCAAUAUAUAUUCUAUCGAAGACAGUGCACUUGAAUCCUUCCUGUCCUGGCAGAACCUGCAGCAGUGGGCACAGGAAGCAUGGAGGAAAAAGUAUGAGCGUGGUAUAUUGGACUCUCAUGUUCCCAGCAUUCACUCAAAGCGCUACAGUGAUGCAAGCAAUAAGAAGGGUGGAACUUGCUCAUCUGAAGCCAGCUCAAGUGGAUUUGAGGAUUGCAGUUCACGGGAAAAUGCCAAGCCAAUACCAAAGGUCUCAAAACAUAACUCCAGUGACCUACGAUCAGAUUAUUCAUCAGAACACAGCAGUUUGUUUGAACAACCUGUGGCAAAUAGAGCCAGACAUUUUCUUCCAUCUUGGUGCUGUUAUCUGGCAUGGGUCAUCUGCCUCUUGAUUACCUUGGUGUGUGUGUUGAUGACAAGUCUGUUGGGACUGCGGUUUGGACCAACCAAAUCUAUAUUGUGGUUACAUUCGCUGUUUUUCUCUCUCCUAUACUGCAUCUUUGUCAUCCAGCCCAUUGCAAUUUUUUGUAUAGCAGCUGUAGUUGCAUUGAAAAACAAAGAUUGCAGUGACUUUUACAUCAGCCUCAUUGAUUCAAAUACUUCAUCAGAUGUCUGCAAGCAAUGGAAUUCUGAACCUGGUUUUCUUUCUGAGAGCUAUCCCAUUGAUACCCAUUACAAUCCAUACUCUGCCCCAAUGGAUCUUGACAGGAUUGUGGCUGCUCGUCAAAGGGCUCGAUAUUUACGAUUGGCUCGACCACCAACUUCUGCACAGCUGAAAGAAGCCAAAGACCGUAUGAGAAAAGAAAACCUCAUUCAACAAACAUUACAAGAAUUUGUGCUUUACAUUGUUAUGCUGAUACUACUGCUGUUGAUAACAUUUGGUAAAUUUUCCAAAGAUGAGUAUCGCCUCAAUCAAGCUGUUCGAGUGGAGUUUACAAGGAAUGUGAAAAAUCCUUUCAUAAAUGUGAAAUCAGCUGAUGAUUGGUGGAAUUGGAGUUUUACCACCUUGUUACAUGGCCUGUAUUGGGACACAUGGUACAACAAUGCUGCAGCCAAAAGCCAGAUUCCAGAAAUACUGUCAGGGCUUGUCCAAGACUGUGUGCCUCCGUAUACCACAUUGAUUCAUCAUUCAGAUCACUCAAAUUCUACGAAGCCUGCAAGAAGUGAUAAGUUCAGCCAAUGUGGCCAAUUCAAUUGCUACAAAGGAAAGGGAUCCAUUAUUAGCCUUGGUAGAACACGGAAUGAGGCCUAUACAACGCUACUAGCAUUGAAGAAGACCAAGUGGAUUGAUCGGAACACCAGAGCAGUGAUAGUUGAGUUCACCCUCUACAAUCCCCCCACCAACCUCUUCACAGUUGUGUCUCUGUUGGCAGAGUUGCCACCAUCAGGAGGUGUUCUUCCAUUAGUUCAUAUAGAGUCAGUCAGCAUCUACCAGGAAAAUUCUCUUCUGGACUAUUUCAUCAUGGCCUUUGAGGUUGGACUUGUCAUAAUUAGUAUCUUUUAUUAUGUGUAUUAUGUGUUUUACUUCGUAUUGGCUGUGGAUGUUAUUGACCAUCUUCACAGUGGAUAUUUCAAAACAUUUGUGGAUAUGAACUUCAUUUCUGCGUGGAUAAAGGUGAAACGCUUCCUUCAUGGUUUGCUUGUGUUCCUGCUCUUAAUAAAAAACAUCCAUUUAUUACGUGUUAACAAGGUUAUGGCACCCUGUGCAACAAUGCUGCGGCUGUCCUAUUCCAGUCUGAUGGUACCAGUGUUUAUAGGGAUUCUUACCUCAAUGGCAGAAGAAGCAAAGAAAUCAUCAAGGAGUAAACACUUAGUGACAUUCACUGAUGUCGCAGAUUAUGCUCGGGAGAAGAUUAUGACUUUCACAGGAAGGAACAGACGCAUAGAGGCAGAUCAUGUUUCAACACGAGGAAAUAACUUUUACUUGGAUGAAUUUGAAAACUUGAUGGAUGAGUUGUUGUUCCGCCUCAAUGCACUGUCGAACAGUCUUCACUGCUCUCUCCCAGCAAAGUCACAUUAUCUGGAGGACAGUCCUUAUGAAUUGGCUCCUGGUUAUUAUUACAAUCAAGAAUCUGAGGCUCACACGUUUCGUGAAAAUCAUUUGGAGCAUAAAGUUUACAAACUCGAAGAACUAUUCAGGAACAAUCUGCAGAUAUAUGAACUCUUAAUACCAGGAAAAGAACACAAUUCUGAUUCAGACAUCACAGAUAUCAAAAUGUUAAGGUCCAAGCUUGAAUUAGAGACCCUUCAUCAACUUCAGAUCUCCCAAGAAAAUAUGUUUAGAACAUCUGAGAGUGCUCAGAGUGGUCCUGGAUCAGCCCACCCCCAGAAAAGUGCUGAUGCUGAUUCUUCCGUUCCACAGGAUGACCUUUCAUUCACUAAUGACAAUGCGAUAAAGAUUGUUCCCUGCAGUGCUUCAGAUCCACCAGAAACAUUUUGCAAUGUCAUUUCGGAUUCUUAUAACGUAUCCACUCAGAAUGGCUCUCAGCAAUCAGUGGACUCUUUGAGUGCUGAACAUUACAAUCUUGCAAAACUGGGAGACACACUGCCCCACGUCUUGUGUGGAAUUAAAUGUCCAGAAAAGCAGGCAGCACAGACACGAAUGCUUGAGAGCAGACUGACUGGUCAGCAACGUGGCUCCUCAGCCAGCACAUCAGGAAAGAACCGUAAACAGCUUAAACGCUCACACACCACAGUUAUUCAGAUCCUUGACAACAACAAGGACUUAGCAGUUAAAGCGUUUAAAGUUUCGCAGCAAACUACGUGUGAUACCUCAGGCCAGUGCCUUGGAAUCCCGGUUGUCCAACCAAACUCCAUACAUCAAUCUCCAUCUGAUCAAGUCAAAAUGCCAGAAAGUCAGGCUCAAAUUCCAGAGAAUUCUGAAAGUGCAAUCCAGUCUUCAGGGAACAAAGCUGAACAGGAUGAAAAUGUAGAUGUGCCUGACCUUCCAGGAUCCAUAAAGCAGUGCUGA